AUGGAGCCACCUGAACGGACCUCAGCCCCCCCAGGGGACCCCGCUGCCCCCAUGCCUGCCAAAGAGGAAGCCCGCCCGCAGCCGGAGGGGGCCAGCUAUGAUGCAGCCGAGCGCAGCCCCCCCUCCAAGGGCUGCCCCCCACCACCGCCUCCAUCAUUGCUGCCCUCUGACCCCUUGGACACUCGCAUUGUGAUGGGCGAAGAGACGCACUGCCCCCCUGAGCUGCCCCCUAAAACACCCCCCCGGCAUCCCGAGCUGCCCCCCGCCCGCCUCGACCCUGACCUCUUCUUCACAGCCCCCUCCACCCCGGUGAGGACGGGGGGACCCCGCUUGAAGCCUGAGGAGGAUGGAGGGGAUGCAGAGAGUGAGGGGCUGGGCUCUCCCCCCACUUCCCCAUCUGGCUCCUACAUGACAGCCGAAGGGGGCAGCUGGGGGUCCUCGGGCACGGCCAGCACGUCGCCCUCCUGCUCGCCCAACCUGCUGGCAGAGGUCCCUGAUGGUGAGCCUGGUCCUGCAGCCUUCAUCCGCCGCUCCUCGUCCUCCUCUUCCUCCUCGGAGGAUGUGGCUGUGACCUCCAUAGGGCAGGAGGAGGAGGAUGAAGAAGAAGAAGAUGAUGAUGAUGAAGGCAGCGGGCAGGAGGAAGGCUUCAGGCUGCCCCACUCCCACAUGGCUGCCCCUGGGCUCAUCCCUGCUGCACUGCUGCCCUUCCGUGGCAGCCUGCUCUUCGAGGCUGAGGCUGUGGAGAUCACCCUGGUGCCGGCCCAGGCAGCGGCCGAGCCGCUCUCGGGUGAGGAUGAGGAGGAUGAAGAUGAAGAGGAGGACGCCAGCACCUCAGCCUCCUUCCUGCGCUCGCUCUCCGAAACCUCCAUCAAUGAAGGGGUGGACGAGUCCUUUGCCUUCCACGAUGACACCUCGGCCUCCUCUGACUCGGCCUCCUACGACGGUGAGGAGGAUGAGCGGCUCUAUGGCACUGAGCGCCACGCGCUGGGGGGACCUCAAAUGGCCGCCGCCACCCCUGGGGACACCGAGCCUUCCUCAGAGGCCUCUGGGGACAUCGAGCUGCACCUGCGCGGUGACACGGCACAGCUGGAUGGAACUGGGGUGUCUGCAGGGGGGUCCAUGCAGCAUGAGGUGGCCCUGAGCCCCUCGCUUCUGGAGCCGACUGACGGCAGCGAGGAGGACGUGGGCAUGGAGCAGCGUGCCGCCCCAGAGGAGGAGGAGGUCGCCAUGGCGGCCCUCGCCGUGGAAGCUGACGCAGAGCUGACGGGCCAGGCCCCUGUUGAGCCCACGAGCACAGAAGUCAAUGUGGAACCAUCGGAUGAGGCGUCCGUCGAGGCCCUUGCUGCACAAGUCAGUGUAGAGCCGGGGGUUGAAGCCUCCAUUGAGGCCCUCGGUGCAAAGCCGGUGGCUGAGGCCUCCGUGGAGCUGACGGACGAAGCCCCCAUGGAGGCCCUCGAUGUGGAAGGCGCCGCGGGUGAGACCUGCGCUGAGGCCCUCCCUGCAGAAGCUGAUGUCGAACGGGUGGAUGAAGCCCUCUGUGCAGAAGUCAGCGUGGGACGGAUGGAUGAGACCCUCAGCUCCUCCUCCUCGGAGAUGGAGGAGGCUCCCAGCCUGGAGCCUGAUACCAUGCAGGAGCUGGACCCCAUCCCAGAGGAAUGUCCUGCACCGCAGCCCCCUGUCCCCACAGAGCCGGCACUGCUGGAGGAAGAGAUCCUGCUGGAGGAGGAGGUGCCAUCGGCUGCCGUGAUGGAGGCCCAGCUGGAGGCUGAAGCCGGUACCCUGCAGCCCCCCUGUGCUGGGGAGACCAAAGACCCCCAACCCAAUGGGCUGGGAUGGGACACCCCAUCCCUGCCCGCUGCCAAUGGUGACCGUGAGCUUGAUGCUGUCCCAGCAGAGAGCCCCGAGCCUCUGUGUCCACCUGAGCAAGGAGAUGACAGUGGGGAACCCCAGGAGGAUGUGAGUGGCCAUGGGGAUGGCAGGACAGAUGUCGUGCCUGCACCACUGGGGACCCCCGCCUUCGGUGGGGACGUGCAGGGUGAUGUCAUUGAGCAGCCCCUUGAGGAGGACACGUCGCUCUGUGAGGACGGGGUGGCCUCAGGCAGCGAGUCCCCACGGGUGGCACUGAGUGAUGGUGGCAGCGAGGUGACGCAGGGUGUGGAGGAGCCUCUCAGUCCUGCGCUGGGGGGUAUGGAUGAGCCACGUGCUGCCUCUGAGGAUGAAGCCUCCAGCAAGGAUGUGGAGCGAGGCCAGAGCCCAGAGCACAUCCCUGGUGAGUGGGAUGCCACAGCUGCCUCCGAGGACUCGUCCCCAGAACUGCUGGACACCUUGUGCUCCCACACCGACCCCAGCUUCUUCAACCCCCCCCAGGACAGUGCGGGGGAAGUGGCUGCCCCUGGGGUCCCCUCUCCGACCCCACAGCCCUGCCUGGCCCUCUGCGUGCUGCCCCCAGCCCCUGCACCCCCACCACUGCACUUCACUGCUUCAGAGCAAGAGGUGUACGUGGGGAUCCCUCCAGACCCCCUUGAACUGCUCCCACCACCCGGUGCCUUGUUGGAGAGUGCGGAGGACCGCCGGCAAGUGGCCUCCAUGCUGCAGGGGGUCUUUGGGGACCUGCCUGCCCCAGGGAGCCCCAGCCAAGCCCCUGUGGAGCUGCCAUGUCCUCCCUGUGCUGAGGAUGAAGCUGCUGCACCUGAACCCAAAGAGACCCCAGAGCACAGCGAUGCAGGGAGCAUCCAGUGUUCUCCCCCGGCCUCGCUGCAGCUAGACCCAGCCCCUAUGCAGGGCCAGGAGCCCCCAAGCAAGGAGUCCCUGCUCCUACUCAGUGUAGACCCCAAUGCCAAAGUCAUGGUGGAGGGGGAGCAUUCCCUGCCGCCCCCUGAGGAAGUGGAGGAGGGAGUGAAGGCAGGGUCCAGCCCCGUGAAGGAGGAGGAAGAGGUGGUAGUGGUGGCAGGAUCCAUCCCUCAGGAGGAGGAGGUGAUAAUGGUGGCAGGAUCCAUUCUGCAGGAGGAGGAAGAAGAGGUCGUGGUGACAGCGGCAGGAUCCAGCCCCAUGGAGGAGGAAGAGGAGGUGGUGAUGGUGGCAGGAUCCAUCCCUCAGGAAGAGGAGGAGGUGAUGGUGGCAGGAUCCAGCCCCAAGAAGGAGGAAGAGGAGGCGGUGAUGGUGGCAGGAUCAAGCCCCAAGGAGGAGGAGGCGGUGAUGGUGGCAGGGUCCAUCCCUCAGGAGGAGGAAGAGGCAGUGGUGACUGUGGCAGGAUCCAGCUCCACACCUAGCCUUGAGGAUGACCAUGAAGGCACAGAAGCCACUCCCAGCCUCUCAGCGGCUGUUCUGCCCUUGGAACCCCCUGCAGAGCCCAGCUCUCCAGAGGACCCCAUGCCCCAAGAGCCCACCGAAGCUGCAGUGCCCACUCCUGAGCUUGCGGUGCCCGCUGAGGCUGCAGAGCCCGUUCCCAAGGUUGUGGCACCGGUUGCCAUCCCGCUGCCUGCUCCCUGUCCACAGCUCUCCAAACUCAUCCAAGUGCCUCCUCUCUCCUCCUCGCCGCUGCCACGCUUGGAGGACACCUCAGGGCUCAGCGAGGCCACGCGGCCAGAGGAACGUCCGUCUGUCCUGCCGGCCUCCAGGAAGCUGCUGGAGGCCCCAGAGCCAUCCCCACAGAAGGAGAAGCCGAGGGGCAGGAAGGCACCGGCUGGCAGUAAGGGUGCACGAGGGCUGGAGGCAGAGGGGGGACCCCGCCGUGCGCCCCGGGGCUCAGUGCAGUCCGAAUCGAGCUCCUCCAGUGAGGCAGAGCUGCCCUACCGUGUCCCCAGCCCUGCUGAGCACCUGCCUGCCAUCGCUCUGCUUGAGGACAAAGCGGCACCGCGGCACGGUGAGGCCAACCAUAAAGGAUCGUGCAAUGAGUCUGAGAGCAACGAUGAGUCCAUCCCGGAGCUGGAGGAGCCUGAGGGCGCAGAGCCACGGCCCAUGCAGACUCAGGCGCCGCUCACCCACUCGCUGGGCACCGGGGAGGAGAGCAUCAGUAAAGCCAAGCAGAGCCGCAGUGAGAAGAAGGCCAGGAAGGCCAUGUCCAAGCUGGGACUGAGGCAGAUCCACGGUGUCACCCGCAUCACUAUCCGCAAGUCCAAGAACAUCCUCUUUGUCAUCACCAAGCCUGAUGUCUUCAAGAGCCCCGCGUCCGACAUCUACAUCGUCUUUGGGGAAGCCAAGAUCGAGGACCUGUCGCAGCAGGUGCACAAGGCUGCGGCUGAGAAGUUCAAGGUGCCCAUGGAGCACUCCCCACUGAUCACGGAGACGGCGCCUGCGCUCACCAUCAAGGAGGAGAGCGAGGAGGAAGAAGAGGUGGAUGAGACAGGAUUGGAAGUGCGGGACAUAGAGCUGGUCAUGGCCCAGGCCAACGUCUCGCGUCCCAAAGCCGUGCGGGCACUCAGGCACAACAAUAAUGACAUUGUCAAUGCCAUCAUGGAGCUGACCAUGUAGCGGCCGGCCCCGGCCCCCUGUAUAGGUGCACAGUUUUCCUUGCCCUGAUGUCCCUCCUCGAGCCCCGUGCCUCUGCCUUGCCCGCCUCCUAAUGCUCAAUA